AUGCACGGCGAAUUCGGUUGGGAAAGAGCAAAGGACCGUCGUCCAUGUUCAGAAUCGAACGCCGUGCAAGCUCAGCAAGGCUGUUUGGCUCAAAGCAUUGUUCUGGAUCACCCUCGAUCUUGUUCUUACCGCGUCUCGGCUGCGUAUCUUCGCUGUUAUGGCCCCUUCCAACCGGCCCAUCACCUUGGACGUACAGUGUGGUAUUUUGCCACGCUACCAGUGUCAACACCACGUACAAGGGUCCUCGCUGUAUCCCGAUGCACGGAUAUGCAUGGGCAUGCACCGAACUUUAACACACAGCGGACUUAUGCACGUGCUGCCAAUGGAGAUUUCCAGAUCUCAGGUUCAGAUUACGAAAGCAGUGCCAGAGGCGGUAGCGACUCGCAUUUGCGCAUAUGGUUCUACAUGACGUGCGCAGCCCCGGCGCUCCGGACAGCGCUGCUAUUGCCUGCGGUCAUAGUUUUCUUUCUUCUUUCGCUGGUGAGCUGUGGUUCCUGGCUCGAGAGUGGCACCUUGACUAUAUAA